GUGGUAGGGGUAGUUACGCGGCGUUCGGGUCGCGUCGGGUGGGGCGACAUCACGCCGGGACCGUGUAGCACGAGAUCCUCGCAGUGUCGAAUCCCGCCGGUCGUCUCGUUGUUCUUUUCCGUAAUCGUCGUUGACUUCCUUCGAUCGUCACCACCGAACGCACGCACUGUUGCGUACACGCGUGUGCGUCUCGCCGUUUCCGCUUUUCCCCGAUUGUGCGCGACGCGAACGUACUUCUCGAUUUUCCCUGCCUUGUCCGACCACGUGACACGCGACCGUACGUUACGACGCCGUUCCUCGUAAAAGUGCUAGUUCCGCGACCAAGAACAUUCCGGAGACAACGUUCGUUCUCAGUGAAUCGAUCGAUCAUCCGUUCUUUUUUAAUCUGUAACCGGCGGUGGUUCGAUUUCUUUCCUCGCAAGAAGGAGAGAACAGUGGUGAGGAUCAGCGAGAGAGGUUGGCCCGAUCAUGGAGGAGGUGAAUCGUAACGCCGAGAACCGAUUACCGGAACAAAAAACGGAAAUGGAGAUUCGUUCCGGGGACGCGACGAAGGACGAGCCGACGCCGAGGAAGGAGACGAGCAAAUCCGUCGAUCCCGGCCACGUUCUACCUCUGAUGCAGUGUGGCUCCCUGGAGAUCGGCGAGGAACGCCAGCGUCGGGUCGCUAUGAUGGAGUCCCUGUGCCAGGUGAACGGCACCAAGAGCAAUGGCGGCAACGAGAACACGACUAACAACGGCACGAACAACAACCCAGACUGUCCAGAUCCCCAGCAAAGGUUGGCGGUGCUGAGUUUCGAGCAGGUGCGACGAUUGAACGACGUGAUGAACGAGGUGGUGUGCAUACACGGUAGAGGGAACUUCCCUACGUUGGAGGUCCGAUUAAGGGACCUUGUGACGGUGGUUCGCAGCAAACUGGAGACUGAUCCUAGCAACGGUGGUGCCGGGAUGAGGGUACGCGACAUCAGGUUGAACGGUGGUGCCGCUUCGCACGUGUUGGCGACCGAGUCUCAACCGUACAACGACCUGGACCUGAUCUUCGCAGUGGAGUUAUCCAGCGGGCGUAACUACGACAAGGUGAAGGCCGCGGUGUUGGGUUCGUUGUUCGACCUGUUACCGGAAGGAGUAUCCCGCAAACGCAUCACCACGUGCAGUUUGAAAGAGGCCUACGUGAGCAAGAUGGUGAAGGUGAACAACGACGGUGACCGAUGGUCCCUGAUCUCCCUCGGCAAUUCUCGAGGACACAGAAACGUCGAGCUGAAGUUCGUCGACUCGAUGAGGCGGCAAUUCGAGUUCUCCGUCGACUCGUUUCAAAUCGUCCUCGAUUCCCUGCUGUUGUUCUACGAGUGCAGCAAGUUACCCAUCGGCGAGAACUUCUAUCCGACGGUGGUGGGCGAGUCCGUGUACGGCGAUUUCCAAGAGGCCCUGUACCAUCUCCACAAGAAGCUGAUCUCGACGAGGCAUCCGGAAGAGAUUCGCGGCGGCGGACUGCUCAAGUACUGCAACCUGCUCGUCAAGAUGUACAAACCCUCCCAGCCCGACUACAUCAAGACCCUCGAGCGAUACAUGUGCUCGAGAUUCUUCAUCGACUUCCCGGACAUCAGCCAGCAACGAGCCAAACUGGAGAACUAUCUGUGGAACCAUUUCGUCGGCCCCGAGGAGGAGGCCCUCAAGUACCAGUACCUGAUGCUGCUCCACAGCGUGGUGGAGGAGUCCACCGUGUGCCUGAUGGGCCACGAGAGACGACAGACCCUCGCUCUGAUCGAGAGCCUCGCCUACCAGGUGUUCUGCCAGGAACAACAGCAACGGCUGACGAAUCAUCAGCAAGCACCACCUGGACCACCGGCCACAUACGUCUACGCGAACGGUUAUUAUUACGCUCCAGUGAUACCCACCGCGUGCUACACGUGCACCUGCAACUCGUGGAUGGCCUGCUCGUCACGCUUGUUCUCGGUGCGGGUCGAGGACGGGCGCCAUAUUGUUGAUCGAAAGAGAGAGAUGGAUAGUGUACGCUUUCUGUGGAACCAUUUCGUCGGCCCCGAGGAGGAGGCCCUCAAGUACCAGUACCUGAUGCUGCUCCACAGCGUGGUGGAGGAGUCCACCGUGUGCCUGAUGGGCCACGAGAGACGACAGACCCUCGCUCUGAUCGAGAGCCUCGCCUACCAGGUGUUCUGCCAGGAACAACAGCAACGGCUGACGAAUCAUCAGCAAGCACCACCUGGACCACCGGCCACAUACGUCUACGCGAACGGUUAUUAUUACGCUCCAGUGAUACCCACCGCGUGCUACACGUGCACCUGCAACUCGUGGAUGGCCUGCUCGUCGUGAUGCGACAUCGACGCCAUCGUCGCAACUAGCACCGCCAUCACCACCGCAACCACCACCACCGGCACCACGCUCCGACGUGCCGCUUCCACAUUCAUCACCCGGACCAUCGAAGCCGCUUCGUUCGUCGGCCAUCCUGGAUCAGGCUACCCUCCACGGGACCCGGACAACGAUCCGCUCGGCUGCUGUCCUCUGGAGGAUACCGGGGACUCGCAUCCUCCUCGCCAGUCGAAGGAACAACGCUGCUUGGUCCUCAGUUGACGGUUGGACACCGGGUCGGACGUCGAACAGCCUCCAUGUCCAGAGAGUGACGUAGACGAGACAGCUCGUCGGAAAUUGAAUCGAAUCGAACAACAAUGCGGGAGCCAUCGUGGGACAUCGGUGUCGGUGAAACGGGUUUAGGAAGACUGAAGAGAGGGAAAGAUGGCGGAUGAUAUACGAUAAUAAAGGGACAUUCGUCCCGGGCGUCUUUUCGCUUCUCUUGCGGUGGCCGUUUCAGUUGUCGCGGGGGGACGGACCAAAACCGAUGGCACUUGCUGCGAUACACGGUCGUAGGGGAUCAACCGAGAGACUACAAGACUCCAUACAAAAAACGAAUUAAUGAAAACGAAUAUAUAAAACGAAAAAAAAAAGAAAAAACGAAACGAAAUGUGUUGUGCCUAACGAAAUCCGAGAAACGUAACGGAACGGAACGCAUGCGUACGCGAGAAAAGAUGACAGUUUAGUUCGAGAGGAGACACUCGGGUGGUUUCGAGCAGACGCUUGUUCUCGGUGCGGGUCGAGGACGGGCGCCAUAUUGUUGAUCGAAAGAGAGAGAUGGAUAGUGUACGCUUGUCAGAGUUUUUAGGAGACGUCUACCGCGUGGUGGCCGUUCUUCGAGUCGUUUCGGGGCGGAAGCGGAAGAACGGGGAAGGUCGGAGCGACGAAUCAGAGCGAGCGUUAAAAGAGAUAGAAAAUUUGUCGAGGAGUAGAAACGCCGGCGACGACGGAGAAAUGACGAAAAAUGAUUUAAAAAAAAAAAUGAAUCGAUAGGACGACCCGGGAACACGACUGGAGUUAAACACGACUGACACUUAUAAUAGCGAUGCGUUUCCGUGGUCGUCCCUCUUUCUUCUUUUCCGUAAACAAAAUACUAAAAUACAUAAAAAAAAAAAUACAAAAAAAGAAAUAAUAUUUCGAAAACGUGUAACACAGAUUCAGCAACAAAAAAAAAAUAAAUUUAAAAGCGAACCGAUAGACAAAAAACAUUAACGGGCGUGGCGUUUGCAACAAGAAUAAUUAUAAAUAUAUAAAUAUAUAUAAAUAUAUAUAUAUUUAAAUAUAUAAAUACAUGUAUAAAAUCUAUGUAUAAAUAUUAAUGUGUGGCUGUGAACACAUUUCAUUUAGAUACUACUGUAACGUGAUAUAUAAAGAUUGAAAUUCGAGGAUGAGCGGCGCGAUCGGUGCGACAACGAGAGAAUGAAAUAUUGUACGUAGAGAGAGAGAGAGAAAAAAACAAGAGAGAUGAGAAAGAAAUGGAAAAGCGUGGAGGAGAAAGAGUUUGAGGGCAGACAUUUUCUAUUCGGUUCUUUCAUUUGCGCGGGAAAUGGCGCGUCAUUUAAAAUAAUUCGGUGUAAAAAAUAUUACAUACUCAAAAUAAACGUAUUCAUUGUAAAACAGACGGAGGAUGAUUACGACAAACGAUGAAGCGAUUUUUGUUUGAUUUUUAAGUUUCAAGAAAAGGUACGGGUUUAAGGAGAAUUUUUUAGGUGUUUCCUCAAAUUUUUUAAGGAGUUUUAAGAUAUGGGCGAGGUGAGGGCAGGGAUGUGCAGGGUACACUUGUGAUGGUCAUUUUUCUAAUUUGACAAUUUAUUUCUAGAUUUAUAAUUUAUUAUUAUUUUAGCUUUUAUCUGCAUUUUCAGAUUUCUGAGGUUCUUAAUUUGGUUAAUAGAUUUCUGUGUUCCUAAAUUUUCAAAGUAUCAAAUACAUUUUUUAAUUUCCUUGUUUUUAAUUUUUAUAUCAAAAAUUUUGAGACUUGUGUAAAAUUACAAAAUUUCCAAAUGAUCCGAAUUUGAAAUCAGAUCAGUUUCUAAAUUUCCAAAGUAAUAAAUUUGAGGUCUCCAAAAAAUAUCCCAUCACUUUGCACAUCGAGUACCCAUAAACAAUACCGACACUUGACCCGCCUGACAACAGCUCCUACAAAAAUUCCAUCAUUCACGCGACUGACAUAUUAUCACAUAUAUCAAACACAAAGGGAUGACAUUUGUAUAAUUCUCCUCCAUUUCAUUUUCGAAAUAAAAAAUCACUCUUCAUCGAACAUGUAGAAAAGGAAUAUACAAAAAUCGAGUGAUCAUUGUGGCGACCCUAGUCUCUCGUAGCAGAGCGGCUUGCAUAACUUUCUUUAUUAGAUAGCGUAAUUAUUUAAUACCGCGAGCGAGAGUGUCGGUGCGUUACUCGCCAACACGCGUGUGCACGUAUGUGGAGGAUCCAUUCAGUGUAUGCGAAAGUAUAUCUCAGCGUCGUGAAUCGUCUUUGCGCAUACAUACGUAUCUUAGAGCGGGUGUACGCGUUCUUCUUGCCACGUACACUCGUGUUCAUGAGUAUUGGGAUAUUUAAUCUUUUCAGUUUUGUGUUUUAAUAAAUCUUUUUAUAAGUA